CUGGUGAUCAUAAAUGAUGGCCCUAUUGUUUUGACAUUUUUUCGUCUGACUUUUUUUGUUUACUUUUUUGCUGUUCAUUCGCUGACACCAACAUUAUUCCAAGUUCCAGGAGUCCUUCACAAUCUGGUUAUUGUCUCUCUCAAAAAUGGCGGAGACAGAAACAGAAAGAAAUGGAACUUUGGUAUUUGCUGUUAAUGGUAAGAGGUUUGAGCUUCCAACCGUGGAACCUUCGACCACUUUGCUCGAGUUCUUGCGCUCACAGACUCCAUUCAAAAGUGUCAAGCUCAGUUGUGGUGAAGGAGGUUGUGGUGCCUGUGUUGUGCUGCUUUCUAGGUAUGAUCCUGUGCUUGACAAAGUGGAGGAUUUUACAAUAAGUUCGUGUCUGACACUACUUUGCAGCAUAAACAGAUGUUCAAUUACAACAUCUGAAGGACUUGGAAAUAGCAAAAAUGGGUUCCACCCGAUUCAUCAAAGGUUCGCUGGUUUCCAUGCUUCACAAUGUGGCUUUUGUACUCCUGGAAUGUGUGUUUCACUCUUUGGGGCCCUUGUCAACGCUGAGAAAACCAGUCAGUUGAAGCCCCCUCCAGGGUUCUCCAAGCUCACUGUUUCUGAAGCAGAAAAGGCUGUUGCAGGGAACCUCUGUCGCUGUACUGGUUACCGACCCAUUGCUGAUGCCUGCAAGAGCCUUGCAGCUGAUGUUGAUAUUGAGGAUUUGGGGUUCAAUUCCUUUUGGAGAAAGGGUGAGAGUAAGGAAGUAAAGCUAAGCAGAUUGCCUUUGUAUAACCAGAAUGAUGAGAUUUGUACAUUUCCAGAGUUUUUGAAGAAGGAAAUCAGGUCUAAUGUCUCUUUGGAUUCCAAAAGAUAUAAUUGGUACAGUCCUGCGAGUGUUGAGGAGCUUCAAAGCCUAUUGAAAGCUAGAAAUAUUAAUAAAGGAACUGAGUUUAAAAUAGUAGUUAGUAACACAGGGAUUGGUUAUUACAAAGAACUAGAAUACUACGACACAUACAUUGAUCUGAAACAUAUUCCUGAACUCUCAGUAAUUAGGAUCGAUCAAACAGGAGUAGAGAUAGGAGCAGCCGUAACGAUCUCCAAAGUUAUUGAAGCUCUGAAGAAUGGCAAUCGACAUGAAGUUCUUUCAAAAGGUGAGACUGUGUUAGAGAAACUUGCUAGCCAUAUGGAGAAAAUUGCUUCAGGGUUCAUAAGAAACACAGCUAGUGUGGGGGGAAAUUUGGUGAUGGCACAAAGGAAACAUUUUCCCUCAGAUAUUGCUACCAUACUUCUUGCUGUGGGUUCAACAGUAGAUAUAAUGAGUGGUCACCAAUUUGAAAGAAUUACAUUGGAGGAGUUUCUCGGAAGGCCUCCAUUAGAUUUUUAUAGUGUACUUAUAAGUGUUAAAAUCCCAAAUUUGGAAUCAACUAGGAAAGUUUCUCCAGAAAACAAUACCACCUUGCUGUUUGAAACCUACAGAGCUUCACCUCGACCUUUAGGUAAUGCAUUGCCUUACUUAAAUGCCGCCUUCUUGGCUGAAGUUUCUCCAAGUAAGACUUCUGAGGGAAUCUUGGUGAAUCACUGUCAGUUUGCUUUUGGUGCUUAUGGGACUGCACAUGCUAUCAGGGCAAAAAAAGUGGAGGAAUUUUUUACUAGAAAAUUUUUAAAUAUUGAUGUUUUAUAUGAAGCUAUCAAAUUAGUUAGAACUACCGUAGUUCCUGAAGAUGGGACUGCAAAUCCUGCAUAUAGGUCAAGCUUGGCUGCUGGUUUUCUGUUCGAGUUCUUAAGUUCCUUGAUAGAUAGUGGUGCUGAAAACAGCAAUAGUUUCUUGGAUGGAUAUGCAAGUAAUUCAUUAGCCAACCAUUCUAAACUAGGACAGAAUUACCUAGAUUACUCUAAUAAGAUUCCAACAAUGCUAUCCUCUGCAAAGCAGGUUUUGGAAUUGAGCAAAAGCUACUAUCCAGUUGGUGAGCCGAUCAAAAAAUCUGAAGCAUCGAUCCAAGCAUCAGGUGAGGCUGUAUAUGUAGAUGACAUUCCUUCACCAAUGGGUUGCUUACAUGGAGCGUUCAUCUAUAGUACAAAGCCUUUAGCAUGGUUGAGGGGUAUACAACUAAACUCCAAAUCACAUCCAGAUGGAGUUGCAACAGUUAUUUCUUGUAAAGACAUCCCUGAAUUUGGGGAGAAUGUAGGGGCGGUGGCAAUGUUUGGUCCUGAAGCUUUGUUUGCUGAUGAUCUUAUUGAGUGUGCUGGUCAGCGUCUUGCUUUUGUGGUUGCAGAUACACAAAAACAUGCAGAUAUGGCUGCAAACUGUGCAGUGGUUGAUUAUGGAAUGGAAGAUCUCAAGCCGCCUAUCUUAUCUGUAGAAGAGGCUGUUGAAAGAUCUAGUUUCUUUGAGAUUCCUCCUUUCCUUUUGCCAAAACCAGUUGGUGAUAUAUCAAAAGGAAUGGCUGAAGCUGAUCACAAGAUUGUUUCUGCUGAGAUCAAACUUGGUUCUCAAUACUAUUUCUAUAUGGAGACACAAACUGCCCUUGCUGUUCCAGAAGAAGACAACUGCAUGGUGGUCUACAGUUCAAAUCAAUCUCCAGAGUUUGCACACUCUGCUAUUGCAAAAUGUCUGGGUAUACCUGAGCAUAACGUCCGUGUUAUUACAAGAAGGGUUGGAGGUGGCUUUGGUGGAAAGGCCUUGCAAUCCUUGCAUGUUGCAACUGCAUGUGCACUUGCAGCACACAAAUUACACCGCCCUGUCCGGAUGUAUAUGAAUCGCAAGGCUGAUAUGAUAAUGGCAGGAGGAAGGCACCCUAUGAAAAUCACUUACAAUGUUGGAUUCAAGUCUGAUGGGAAAAUUACAGCUUUACAACUAGAAAUAUUGAUUGAUGCAGGGAUGUCAUUAGAUGUAAGUCCAAUAAUUGUAUCCAAUUUAUUGAAUGGACUUAAGAAGUAUGAUUGGGGUGCUCUAUCAUUUGACAUAAAACUAUGCAAAACAAAUACUACAAGUAAGGCUGCAAUGCGGGCGCCUGGAGAGGUACAGGGAACAUAUAUUGCUGAAGCUGUAAUUGAACAUGUGUCAUCUACCCUUUCUUUAGAAGUCGAUUCUGUCAGAAAUGUAAAUCUUCACACAUACAACAGUCUUAAGUUAUUCUAUGAGAGUAGUGCUGGUGAACCUUUAGAGUAUACUUUACCCUCAAUAUGGGAUAAAUUGGCCGUGACUUCAAGCUUUAAUCACAGGAUUGAAAUGGUAAAAAUAUUUAAUAGUUGUAAUAAAUGGAAGAAAAGGGGCAUUUCUAGGGUACCAAUUGUUCAUGAAGUGUUAUUGAGACCAACUCCAGGAAGGGUAAGCAUUCUAAAAGAUGGUUCUGUUGUUGUUGAAGUUGGAGGGAUUGAGCUGGGCCAAGGUCUGUGGACAAAGGUAAAACAGAUGGUUGCUUUUGCUCUCAGUUCAAUCCUAGGCAACGUAGAUCUCUUGGAUAAAGUUCGAGUCAUACAAGCUGAUACAUUGAGCUUAAUUCAAGGAGGCUAUACUGCUGGAAGUACUACGUCGGAAUCAAGCUGUGAGGCAGUUAGACUGUGCUGUAAUAUCCUGGUUGAGAGGCUGACUCCUCUAAAGGAAAGUUUGCAGGAGCAAAUGAGCUCUAUUCAGUGGGAAUUACUUGUUUCUGAGGCACACAUGCAAGCUGUGAACUUAUCAGCAAGUUCUUACUAUGUCCCUGAUAUGUCAUCAAGUUCAUACCUAAAUUAUGGUGUAGCAGUAAGCGAGGUCGAGGUGAAUCUUCUGACUGGAGAAACUACAAUUUUGCAAGUGGAUCUUAUCUAUGACUGUGGACAAAGUCUAAAUCCUGCUGUGGAUUUAGGACAGAUUGAAGGAGCUUUUGUUCAAGGAAUUGGCUUUUUCAUGACUGAAGAAUACCUUACAAAUGCUGAUGGAUUGAUGGUUGCUGAAGGUACAUGGACAUACAAAAUUCCUUCCAUGGACACCAUACCUAAACAGUUCAAUGUUGAAAUAUUAAACAGUGGACAUCAUGAAAAACGUGUCCUUUCUUCAAAAGCUUCUGGUGAACCACCAUUACUGCUAGCAGUUUCAGUUCAUGGAGCUACAAGAGCUGCUAUUAAAGAAGCAAGAAAACAGCUUCUUUCAUGGAGCAGCCAAGAUGGGUGGGAGUCAAUGUUCCAAUUGGCUGUUCCUGCUACUAUGCCUGUUGUGAAGAAGCUUUCUGGGAUGGACAUUGUGGAAAAGUACUUAGAGUGGAGCAUAUGCGGUAAGAAGUGAAGGAGGUUUGUGGUGGUAUAUGCAGACUGAAAGUUACAAAGAAGCUAAUCAUGAAAAACUUUUGGCACAGGAUCUCCUAGAUUUUUUUUCUUUUCUUCUUUUGUUUUCUUUUCAAAUAUGUUCACUAUGUAAUAAUAAUAAUAAUGAUAAAAGGGAGCAGUUGAUGUCAAAAUACAAGUAUAAUUGUUAUUUUGAUGUUAUAUGAUGACCAAAGAAAUUAUUCUUCGUUUGCAGGCUAUGUAUUAACACAAAUGUUUUCUCAUAGGCGUAUGUAUCUCUUCUUUUUCA